UCUCACACGCUAAAUUACACCACAACUACUCACACUACUCACACUACUCAAACACUACACGUGCUCCUACUCGUCCUGCACUGAAAUCAGAGCUGUAAUCAUGCAGCACGUCCUGCUCUCGCUGCUCUCGCUCUCCGGAUUACUGACGCUCCAGUUUACCUGGGGUCAAGAAGUUCCAACAAGCAGAUCCAGCUAUGCUGGUGUUGUUCAUCUGGAAGGAAGUGGUCGGUACUCUUUAAACUACCAACAAGCCAAGCAGCUCUGCCAGAACCUGGGCUACAGUUUGGCUACAGAGGAACAAAUAACCGAGGCCUACAACCACGGCCUGAAAACAUGCAGGUAUGGUUGGAUUGAAGGCCAAAAAACAUCCUUUCUUCCAGACGAUGCCCACCCGGACUGCACCCUUAACUCCACUGGAGUCACUUCCCACACCGAGGAGGAAAAUCAACUUUACGAUGUUUACUGCUUCACUCACACAGCUGCACAACCUGAAGAUGAAUACGAUGUUCUAGAUGAAGUGAUCGCUGAUGGAUUUAUAGUAGAUACUAAAGAAACGAGUACAACAUCUGUAACAAAAAGUACUUACUCAACAACUACUACACCUAACAGCCUAAACCUGAGUACCCGUCCAUCUCUAAUGCCCUCUCUGGAGGAAACGAGCAUCACAGCAACAAUCACAGCUUUACCCACAGAUCCUGAAGCAGCUGCAGGAGAACCGGAGAGUAACAGCAGCAGCUCUACCUCAAAGAACUCUGGGAUUACUGAGCAGGAUGCUCCAGAGGAGAUCACCACCAAACAAUCCGUUCAGAACUUCCUGAAUAUGGAGGCAGAAGGAUCCGGUAUGUCUCCAGAGGCUCUGUACAGAAUAAAGACAGAAGAUCCCAGCGCUCCCACCAGUGUUAACACCCCCGUACUGAACCUGCACUCCACCACCCGCCUGAUCUGGAUCCCUGAAGCUGUGGACGGGUCUGGAAUGGAGCCAGAAGGCGCCACCUCCAUCACACCAACCUCUAAAGUACCCCCAAAACCCACGACUGUGGUUGUAGAAGAGCCAGAAGUAGAAGAGGAAAUACAAGUACCAGAUGCUGCAAAUCCAGAAACAACGGCUGAAGCACCAGGCCAGCACAAGGGGCGCAUUAACUUACCUGCAGAUAUAGAACCCACAACCUCAGCUCUGGCAGAAGAGGGAACACCUGCCUGGCUGAUUAUCUUUGCGUUCUGCAUGACUCUCGGCGCCAUUCUCUGCAUAUUCGCCGGCAUCGCCACUAAAGACAUGUGGUACGGGCCGAGUAGGCGGAGUCUGAACGUGGCGGGGGAGGUUGAUGAGAGCAGUAAGGCGGCGACGCUGCCGUUGUCGGAGAAAGAGCAGGAGCUGGUGACGCUGAUGAACGGAGGACAGAAGACUGAUAAAGACUCGGCAGUUAUUUCUGUAGAUGAAGCUCCUGAGAAAGAGUAUCUGAUGUAGCCGACCAAUCACAGGGCUUGGAUCUGAACCGGCGUAGAGAUCACAACCAGAUUAAACCAGGAGCUUCAACUGAGCGUUCAGAGUGAUCCUGAAAUACUCCAUAUCCCAGCAGGCAUUUCAACAGGGAAUCAACAGUGAUGUUACGGUUGAGGUUAAAGUUGAAUCAACAUUGGAUCAGCGCUGAUUUUAUGGUUAAAACAACAACAUUGAAUUAACAUUCAUAUUAUGGUUGAAUCAACAUUGAAUCCAUGUUGAUUUUUUGGUUAAAUCAACACUAAAUUAACUUUAAUGAAUGGAUGAGUCAACAUUGAGUCAACAUUGAUGUUAUGGUUGAAUCAAGGUUAAAUCAAUGUUGAUGUGGUUUAAUUAACAUUGAAUCAACAUUGAUUGUCAUGGUUGAAUUAACGUUGAAUCAAUUUGGUUUAAUGAACAAUGAUGUUAAAGUUGAAUCAAUGUUGAAUCAUCGUUGAUUUUAUAGUUGAAUCAACAUUGAAUUAACAUUGAUGUUAUGGUUGAAUCAACAUGGAUUCAGGUGGUUUCAGGUGGACCUAAAGUUCUAAAGAAUCUUAAAAAGCCUUAAAUGACAUUAAUUAUCAUUAAAACACCUUAAUUUAUUUUAUAAUGUCUUAAAUCCAUCUCUCAAAGACAGAAUAUUUAAUUUCUGUUUUAUUUUCACACAAUACAAAUACAAUAUAAACAAUAGAUUCAAAAUCAUGUUUUUAAAUUAGUAUUGAACCAAUGCAAAAUCGAAUCCUGACGUUAAAGAUCAACGUUUGUUUAAUGUAUUAGAGAUAAAACAUAGAAAUAUAAACGUUGAUUGAACAUGCUGUUGCUGCCUGGGUUGGUAUUUUAAUUAUUAAAAUUUAAAAUUAAUUUAAUUUAUGGCUGUUUAUAAUAUUGAUACAGGAAUCAUAAGUUUACUGUAAAGUUAAUAUUGUUAUUGUGUGAUUUUGUGCUAUUGAAUUAGUAUUAUAUGAAAAGUAUUAAUGUUUUUUACAUUUAGCUUCUCUAUACCUGCAGAUAUCCUGUUCCCAUACAGUGCCUGCGUUACUGAUCACUUUAUCACAGGAAAACCAAACUCUACCAUGUUUUAUUUUUCUUUAUUCGCAGAUUGUUCAUUAUUUUAGGUCAAAAGCUUUAAAUUUGCACAUUUUGCUGCUUUUUUCCCCUAAUUUUCCCCUACUUACCACCGUACAUGUGUUACUGCUGAGCUUUAUUAGGCUACUAAACAAAGCAUUGUAAAUAUAUAUAUCUACAGUAACUGUAAGUACUGUGUACUAUGAGUGAUGUACGAAUACUUUCAGACGAUCGAAUGAUCAAUUGAUCAAAUAUUAAUGAUGAUUAAGUGCUUUUAAUAAAUGCUUUUCUUUGAUGUAAAUAAUAAUAGUAAUAUACUGUGUGCUUUGUAACAUUUUUUUAAAGUUUGUAUUGGAUGCUUUAUUGGAAAUAAAAUACUUUUUAUCACGUUUA